GCACUGCAGUCGGUAGAACGAGUCAAGUCAAAGAGUCGUGUGUCCAGUGUUCCGAGAAGCAGACGAGAAAAAAAAACGCUUUUCGAAAAAAUAUUAAUCAUGCGUUACACAUUGGCCGUGUUGGUGGCAGUGGCGGCAGUGGUCGCCGGAGACAAGUACGGCAAGCCGCCGUCGUACCCAAAGCCGAGCUACGGCAAGGCGUACCCUCACGAGCCAGUGUACGCCCCGGAGCCCGCAUACGCCCCGGCGCCGUCGUCCUAUGCCCCUGCUUACAAACCGGCGCCGUCGUCAUACGCCCCCGCCUACAAACCGGCGCCGUCGUCCUACCCUCGUCCUUCUUAUGGCAAGCACGCUGCCCCCUACGGUGCUGAGGAGUACAGCGACCAGCACCCGCAGUACAACUACGCCUACGACGUGAAGGACGANUAA